AUGAGGGUCGCCCGGGCCCAGCACGGCGCCAACGCCACUCGUGGUCGCAAUGUGGCUGCUCCUCUACGCUCAGCGCGCCGCGCCGUGCGCCCCGUGCGCGUGGCCGCCGCCGCCGCUGUGGAAGGCAAAUACGAUUACAUAAUUGUGGGCGGCGGCACGGCCGGCUGCGUGCUGGCGAACCGCCUGACUGCGGACGGCACAAAGCGCGUGUUGAUGCUUGAGGGGCGGCUGGCGGUGAGGCGGCUUGGGGCGGCGCGAACGGCCCGCGGCUGUGGGGACGCAAGCAGGCCUGCAGUGGCGCAGCAGCGGACGGGGCGGCGGGAGGCGGAGCGGCGCAGCAGUGCUGCCCUGGCAGUGCCCGGCCAGCGCUGGCAGCAGCUACGCGUCGCCAGUGGCGGGCGGCAGGAGCUAUGCGGCGCCUGGUGGCGCGCGGCCGGCGGCAACGGCGGGGCGCUCGAGACGCGCGCGCCCGCGGGGCUGGCGCGGCUGUUCCGCCACCCCGUGCUGGACUGGAACCUCUUCUCAGCCCUGCAGCCCCGCCUGGAUCACCGCGAGCUCCCACAGGCGCUGGCUUCGUAUUGA